AUGCUUCUAACUAGAUAUUUUCGUAGUUUUCUGGAGAUCCUUACUUUUACCAUCUGGCGAGGCCCCAACGUGAACUGCACAGACAGUUCGGGCUACACGGCUUUACACCAUGCAGCCUUAAAUGGACAUAAGGACAUAGUUCUCAAACUGCUUCAGUAUGAGGCCUCAACAAAUGUAGCAGACAACAAAGGUUAUUUUCCUAUUCACCUGGCUGCCUGGAAAGGAGAUGUGGAAAUUGUGAAGAUUCUUAUUCAUCAUGGACCAUCACAUUCCAGAGUCAAUGAACAGAACAAUGAAAAUGAAACUGCCCUACAUUGUGCAGCUCAGUACGGACACUCGGAGGUAGUUGCUGUGCUCCUGGAAGAACUCACCGAUCCUACCAUCAGAAACAGCAAGCUGGAAACACCUCUGGACCUGGCAGCCCUCUAUGGACGGCUUAGAGUGGUCAAAAUGAUCAUCAGCGCACACCCUAACUUAAUGAGCUGCAACACCCGAAAGCACACGCCGCUGCACCUUGCUGCACGCAACGGUCACAAGGCAGUCGUCCAGGUGCUGCUCGAGGCAGGGAUGGACGUCAGCUGUCAAACAGAAAAAGGGAGUGCACUCCAUGAAGCAGCUUUGUUUGGGAAAGUGGAUGUUGUACGGGUUCUGUUAGAAACAGGAAUUGAUGCCAACAUAAAAGAUAGCUUAGGUAGAACUGUCUUAGACAUUUUGAAAGAACAUCCAUCUCAGAAAUCUCUCCAGAUUGCAACUCUCUUACAAGAAUAUUUAGAAGGCAUGGGAAGACCAACAGUCCUUGAAGAACACAUACAGGAAGAUAUGACACAAGAAACACGUAUUUCAUCUCCUGUUGAAUCUCCUUCCCAGAAGACCAAAAGUGAGACUGUGACUGGCGAAUUAUCAAAACUCUUGGAUGAAAUAAAGCUCUGUCAAGAAAAGGAUUAUUCUUUUGAAGAUUUGUGCCACACAAUAUCAGACCACUACUUAGAUAAUUUGAGCAAGAUUUCAGAGGAAGAACUUGGGAAAAAUGGAAGCCAGAGUGUAAGAACUUCAUCUACAAUAAAUUUGUCACCAGGAGAAGUGGAAGAUGAUGAUGAUGAUGAAAACACUUGUGGGCCCUCAGGACUCUGGGAAGCAUUAACUCCUUGUAAUGGAUGUAGGAACCUUGGCUUCCCCAUUCUUGCACAGGAGUCCUAUCCAAAGAAGAGGAAUUACACUAUGGAAAUUGUACCAUCUGCCUCUCUGGAUACAUUUCCUUCAGAAAAUGAGAAUUUUCUAUGUGAUCUCAUGGACACAGCAGUUACAAAGAAGCCUUGCUCCUUAGAAAUUGCAAGGGCCCCUUCUCCAAGAACUGAUAAUGCCUCUGAGGUAGCAAUUACUGCUCCAGGAACUAGUAACCAUAGAAACAGCUCCACAGGCCCAACACCUGACUGCUCACCUCCAUCUCCUGACACUGCUCUCAAAAAUAUUGUCAAAGUCAUUCGACCCCAGCCUAAACAACGAACAUCUAUUGUGUCUUCUUUGGAUUUUCAUCGAAUGAAUCACAACCAAGAAUAUUUUGAAAUCAACACAUCUACAGGGUGUACAAGCUUUACUUCCAACCCUCCAGUUAGUCCACUCACCUCUUCUGCAGCCACCACAGAAGUCAAGAACACGGAAACUGGCGACACAGGUAAAGCCGUUCAUUUUGUGCAGCUAUAUUUUUGA